UUAUCUUACCGUUGACUUUCAUAUAAUCUUCCAAACCGCUAACCUUCACUAUGACAUAACAUAACCAUUUCUAUGAUCUCCUAAACUCUAGAACAAGCCACUACUAUUCCAUACAUAAGAUGAGUAGCAACACAACAGUUAAUUCCCCUGGAUUCCUUGGCUCAAGCAACAUCAGUGGCUAUAGCUAUGGCAUAGGAAUUUCCAUUGGAAUUCUCUUGCUCAUUAUAACCAUCACUUUAACUUCCUACUUCUGCACCAGAUCACAGGUGUCAUUUGCUCCAGCCACUAGGAAUAGGAGACGCACCCCAAAUGUCCUUGAACCACAGCACUCUAUAGUUGAUGUAAGUUUAGAUGAAGCCACAAUUCUGAGUUAUCCAACCCUUUUGUACUCUGAAGCCAAGCUCAAGAAAUCUGAUUCCACUGCUACAUGUUGCUCCAUAUGUCUGGCAGAUUACAAGGGUACGGAUAUGCUUCGGAUGCUACCAGAUUGUGGGCACCAAUUCCACCUCAAGUGCAUAGAUCCAUGGUUGAGGUUGCAUCCUACUUGUCCAGUUUGCAGAACUUCUCCGAUUCCAACACCACUCUCAACUCCUCUUGCUGAAGUGGUUCCUUUAGCUAGCAGACAGGAUUCAUAGGUAGGGCAAUAGCAUAAUUUUGACUCAAGUUGAUGUCCUCAUCACAAGUCAUCAUUGAUUCACAAAAUAUAUCAGAUUUGGCAAUUUGAUAAAGGUGCUUGUUUGUAUUCAUAGGGGAUUUUUUUUGUUGUCAAUUGCUUGAUCCUUUACUUAAUUUUUUCUUGUAUACCCUUCGUAUGGUAAAAGUUAAAGUUGUUGUUCAAAUAUUGGCCUAUCAAGAGUACAAACUCUUGGGGAUGCCUCAUUUUCUAAUUUUCAGGAGGGUCUGCAUAGAAAACUGAGUCACCAUUUGCUCCAGCGUACCAAUUGUUUCAUGUUUCAAAACCUAAAAUAUCUGUAACAUGAGGAAAUUCAAUCCAAGUUUUUCAUUUA